AUGGGGAUCUACCUUCUCCACGAGGCGACACACGGGGAAAUGAAUAAGUCCAGAGCCCGCUUCUUUUGGGAAGGAGUCGGGAAUAAGAGGAAGUACCAUAUGGUGGAUUGGGCGACCGUUUGCAAGCCUAAGGAGCUUGGAGGAUUGGGAAUCCUCAACACGAAGCUGAUGAACAUUGCGCUGAUGUUGAAGUGGAUUUGGAAGCUCUACCAGGGAGCAGAGGGUCUUUGGGUUGACCUGCUCCAAGCCAAGUACCUGGGGGGGAAUGAUAUCUUCUCCCCGCUUGUGCCAACGAAGGGUUCCCAGUUUUGGAAUGCCAUACAAAAAAUCAAAUGCUGGAGAAUCAUGCCUCCGAAGCCUGCUCUGAGUGCUAGUCGCAGUGGGAGCAAGAAGCGAGCCAAUCCCAUGUAUUUCAGGACGACCGAUUGCAGAUUGUCACCUCACCUCCUUUUACAAAUCAUGAAGCUUAUCGUUGAAAAUGAUCAGCAGAAAGGUUACGUCAAAGAAAUUGGGUUUGGGAGCUUCUUGUCCAUGGGUGAAUUUGAGAUGAACAACGCUCUUACCCUGUGGUUGGUUGAUAAGUUUAAUUGUGACAGUGAGUCUCUUGAGUUUGAAGGUGGCAUAUCGAUUCCGGUAAGGCCACUUGUGAAGAGGGUCCUUGGAAUCCCUUCAGGUCCUAUCCAAGUUGUAGAGGGUCUAGAUGUUGACGACGAUCUCUACUAUCAGUAUACUUGUAAUCGCAGAGCAAAGAACGCGAUGGAGGUGGCAAAUGAAAUGUGCAUUAUAACAGACAAGGAACCGUUCUGUAUAGCAUUUAUGAUGGCGAUACUCGGAAUUUAUCUAGCACCAGAUACAUCUGGGGCCGUCAAUAGGGCCUUACUGGGAGCUGUUAAGCAGGUUGAUAAACUCAAAGACAUGGACUGGUGCAAUUUCGUUGCUACCUACCUCUUCAAAGGAAUCAAGGAAUAUAAAGAAUCCAACACAACUUGUGUUUCUAUAAAGGGAUGUCUCCACAUACUGAGCGUCGUAUUCAUCGAUCAUGCUGCGUUUGAAGUACCAGUUGGUUUUCCACGCUUGGGUGUUGUCACUACAAAACAUAUCAAUUGGGUUGUUUCACAUCCCUUCACUAGCUUGAUGGUAUGUCGUCCAGAAGAGUCAAUUUAUGCUGCUGUGCUGGAUAUCAUGCCAAAAGAUAAUAACAUUGUUGAAGAUGGCAAACGUGUUGAUUCUGAAACAAAUACUGAUGCUCUGGGCGAUAAGCUUGCUACCACCAACACUGAUCAGAAUAACAACAAGGAUCCCGUUUCGGCAGAGCUUGACACUGCCAUAACAAGUCCCAGUACAACAAGCUCGGCAAUUGUUGAACAUGCAGAGUUAGGUACAUCACCUCGCUCAGCAGGUACAAACCAGACACUCACUGCUUAUAACAUUGUCUAUAGUCAGGUUUAA